UUCAUCCAUCCCAUUGAGCAGGUUAACUCUCUCAUGCUUUUGGUGGAGCUGCCGCAGCUGCUGAGAAUGUGCUCUGCUGCUCCACAGGACAGAAGGGAAGCUUCAUCAACAGCACACAGGUUUCCGACAUGUCACGCUAAGCGCACGAUUUCCACACAAGAGUGCUGUCACCAAGCUGUUUGUCAUCCCUGCAUCAUGGACGCUCAGUCUGGUGCAUCAUAUGAGCUCAGACUGACAGAUACAAUAUAUAAGGGCUGACAGGUCGUCAUGGAGACGGACGCCACCACAGGUCCAGCCACCACAGGGUGGGUAGGGUCAUCGGCCGGCCUGGAGGGAAUGGGAGGAGAGGGCUUGUCCAUCAGUCCUGCGUCCUGGUACAUGCCGUACUCGCUUGGCUUCCAGGUGUCACUCACCGCCUUCCUCAUGCUGGAGCUGGUAUUGGGUUUCAGCAGCAACCUGACUGUGCUGGUGCUCUACUGCUCUCAAUCUAACUUAGUGGACUCUGUGAGCAACAUGGUGACUGUGAAUCUGCACGUGCUGGAUGUGGCAGUGUGUGUGCUGUGUCUACCUCUCACUCUGGUGGUUGUGCUGCUGCCUCCAGGACCAAACCUGGCCCUGCUCUGCUGCUUCCACGAGGCCUGCGUCACCUUCGCCAGCAUAGCCACAGCCAUCAACAUCCUGGUAAUCAGCUUGGACCGAUAUGACAUCUCAGUACGACCCGCGAACAGGUUGCUGACCACACGUAGAGCAACGCUGCUCCUGGCUGCUGUUUGGGUCACCUCUGUGGCUGUGUUUUUUAUCCCAUUCUUGGAGAUGCAAUGGUCCACCGGAGACGGAGCAGAGGAGAGAGGGCAGGAGACACCUAUGUCGUUUUCCUCUUAUGGUGUCAAUGGCAUGGUGGUGCCAGCGUGGCGUAACCAGACUCUGCUGUGUGUUGGCGGGCAGGGCUAUCACACAGACCUGGGCAUGUAUUACCAUCUCCUUCUGCAGGUACCCAUCUUCUUUACCACAGUGGCGGUCAUGUUGUUUACCUACUCCAAAAUACUGAGGGCUUUAAACAUCCGCAUUGGCUCCCAGAUGAAGAAGAACCAGCGGCCCAAGGGCCCCUCCUGCAGAGAGCGCCGAAAGAAACAAAAGAAAAAGAAGGAAGGGCUCAGAAUGAAUGAUGGCGAGGAUAAAGGAGGGGAGCAGUGCACCAUGGAUGCUACCAAACAGCUCAGCCAUCCUCCACUCAUACAUUCACCUUCCCCAACCCCCACAGCCACCUCCCCUCCUGCCCUGUCCUCCACUGCCCCGCUGGUGACCUCAGACUCAGGUGCUGCGACUCCUAUGCCUGCCACCAUGGGUGUCCAGGCCUCUGUGUCUGCCAUCAUUGCCCUGAGGCGGGCAGUGAGGCGACACAGGGAUCGCAGAGAGCGGCAGAGGCGGGUUUUCAGGAUGUCCCUCAUCAUCAUCACCACCUUCCUGGGUUGUUGGGCUCCCCUCUCUGUGACAAAUGUACUAAUCCUGGGCUUGGGCCCCAGUGACACCCUGGUCAGCGUGCGCCUCUGGUUCCUUGCCUUGGCCUAUGGCACCACCGUGUCCCACCCUUUGCUCUAUGCCUUCACCCGACAGAAGCUGCGGCGUGUUCUUCGUUCAAAGGUUAAAAAGAGGGUGGUGUCCCUGCUUCAGGUGGAUCCUUCUCCAGGGGCCACGGUCAUACACAACUCCUGGGUGGAGAACAGAAAAACCAGCCGGCAGGUGCGGCUAGAAGCAAGCGAAGGAACUGACCGUUGCCUGGCAGAGGUCCUGUGAGACGGACACACAUGGGCACAAACUGUAUAAUUAAAACCAGAAAUGAGUCACUGGUGUGUUCUUUUAUGAAACUCACUAGUGCAUGAAAAACACAUUUCUGCCUCUGGGAGGUGUUUCAAUAAAACCAGCAGUAAAGGCUUAACACAGCUACCAUUCACCUCAGGCAGCAGUGGCAGCAUGAUGCUGUCGUCACUGUGGUGUGCACAGCGUCUACAUAUGAAGAAGAAUAUACAAAAAACAAACAAGUGUAUAUAGGGUGUAGAUAGUUCACACACUCUGUCGUAUAAGGAACUGUUUACAUAUGAAUGAUAGCACAUUCUCAUAGCGGUGCUUACAUCUCUAGCAAAUAAUGCGAUCUAAAAACAAUUCACCGGAUCUGAUGCAGCUGUAAAGAAAUGUUGAUACAAUUAUACACUCUGAUAAUUACUCUGACCCACUCCUUGAAUGUGUUCAAUAUUGUGUCUAUCUUACUUCUGUUCUGAAAGCUUUAUCCGAUGUUAUAGUGUAUUCAGAACUAAAAGAGGAACAUGUUGGAUACAAACAAAGUGAGUACAUGAAAGAAGACAGAAUAUAAAUCAGUCAUGGCUAAAGAGACUCUUUCUAUAGAGAAAAGGUGAGGAACAAGUCAGUGAACAAUUACAGGCUACUUUGGGAUUUAGAUGCAGUUUUACUUUACAGUAGUAAUUCAGAGGGUCAAUUUUACAAUGUGUCUUUAUAAAACCUGCAAAGUUCUUUCACAUACAUGUAACUUUUUUGCUCCCUAAUGUAUAAAUUUGUUUAAUAUCUUACAGAUGUUUCGGGAAUACUACGUGAAAAAGGUUGAGACUGCUGUUUAAACAAUUAUUCAACCUGUUCAUUUCUGUACUGCAAACAUGAAGCCACAGCCAGAUUAAUUAGCUUAGCACAAAGACUGGAAACCAGAGGACACAUCUUCCUUGGCUCUGUACAAAAAAACACCUUUAACUCUUGUUACUACACUUUAUCAAAAUGAAUUAAAAACAAAUAACAUAUUGUCCUAUGACAGAGUUAGUCUAGUUGUUUCCCCAUGUGGUGAACUUGUGCUAGGCGAAGCGCUAAACCUUCUUCUGACUAAAGUGAAGUUAAUACGUAAUCGAAUGUCAAUUAGAAUUAUAACAAAAUCACCUGAAGUAGCUAGUGGGGAUGACACAAGUGGCAGACAAAAUAAGUAGAAAAAAGUUUGACGUCAUGCCGUCCAGGUCAUCACAAAGAAAUCAAACCUCAAAACUGACUGCUGACUUUACUCGACACCUCUCUGAGUACGUUCUCAUCAACUAUUGACUACUGACAACCUACUGAUAAUUAGUAUUUUUUAUUGCACUUGUCUGUUGUUUUGAAAAUAUUUUUUAUUUUAGGUGUCUUUGUGGUUCAAUUUUGGGUUUACAAUGUUGAAAGGAUUAUUUUUGAAACUUUUCAAUAACACUUAUGUACAUAUAUGUGAAUAUUGAGCACAUGUGAGUUUAUUAUAGAAGAACUCUACUGUCACUCAGCCUCUGUUUAAAUAUGGACUGACUUUUCUACAUUUGAGGAUUGAUUCAGAUUAUGUGUCCCAUAGUUUAACUCAACCUCAGCAAACCAGCAACCACAAGAGAGUAACUGUCAUUUUAGCCCAGACUAGUUUUUGUUGUUGACUGUGAUCUACCAGCCUGUGUGUUCACUGCUUUGAGUCCUCUGUACUCUGAGUGGUGCUCAAUAUAGAAGGAAUGUGAUUUCUCUUUCUAUUUGGCACACACUCACACACACACAACGGAUGCGUUUCUGAAUGUAAACACACCAGAAACGUAUACGUAUACUGUAUUAAAUGUACACCAACUAUAUGUCAUUGUUGUUGGCUUUCAUGGUGUUUUAUGUGAAUGUGUUACCAUGCAAUGUUGGAGUAUAGAAAUAAAUAUAAAAUACAUUUGUUCCAUAUUUGUAUGAAUCAACAAGGGAUGUCUUCUUCACUGCAACAUAAAAUAUUUUUGACCAAAAAGCCUAAGGCCAGAGAUUCCCAUGGCUUUACGGCUUAAAAGCCCCAGCCUUGGGUGUCUCUGUGCUAACUGCAUGAGAAACCUGCUGUGAUGGGAACAACAUGGAGACAAUGUACUGCUCUGUCUCUGAAGCUCACAUGAUUUUUCACUUGAAACAUAAAUGGACAUGCAGAGAUACACUGCAGACGUAAAGAACAUUGAGUCCUUCUGGACACAGUUGUACAUUUCUUCCAAUAAAUCAACUUACUUGUGUUUGACAUUUGUAAUGAUUGUCAGUUUUUAAAGAGGCUCAUGCUAAUGCCUGUGCUCAUUCAAUAAUCAGAAAGCAGCCAGUAAUAAAGGCUACUGAGUAGGUGGUGCAAUGUGUUAAUGUGUUAAUUUUAGCAUCGUCUUAUUACUGUUGGCAUUGUAAAAUCGAGCUCAAAGGCUGAACUAUGUUUAUGUUCUCUGUUGAGAAUAAAGCCAUACUUUGCUGUUUUAGUGGGUGAAUCAAAACAUAGCUUCAAACCAGCAGUGUUCAAGCCCUGCCCCAUCCAGCGACUUAUAGGUCUACUGCACGCACUAGAAAAGCUGCCAGCAUGAUUUUUGAAAACUUGCGUGGGCUUUGUGUUGCGUGGGAGUGAUGCGCUCCAGACCUCUGCAAAAAGGGUCAUAUGUGGGAUGAAGCCUACAGGGCAAAGCCAGAACAAUCAGACCUAUACUUUUUCCUUGUAUGAUAGGCUAUUGUUUAUUUACUUUUGCAUUUCGUGAGAUACUUACACCAAAUACUUACUAGAAUACUCCAGGCUAUGAGGUUAUAAUACUUCAUAAUUUAUGAUUUAUUUUUUCCAUAAAAUGAAGGACAUCUUCAAAUUAAACACUAUAUAUAACUCGCGGGGGGCCUCUAUCGAUUUAAUGUGAUAUUACACACCGCUGUCAUGCGGGCCGAAAUAGCUCAGUUGGGAGAGCGUUAGACUGAAGAUCUAAAGGUCCCUGGUUCGAUCCCGGGUUUCGGCAUCCGAAUGACUUUUAGUGAUUUUUUUUUUUUGGUGAUUUUUAGUGAACUUAUUGUUAAUCAUAAACCCUGGAUACUAAAGUUUUUGAAA